CUUUCUACAUUUUGACGAAAGACGGGAGAGUAGAUAAAAAUUCCAAGAAUGACCAAAAUGUUUCAAUCAACACUGGCAUCCCAUUCGGUCCGACGUGGAUUUAUAAAAUGUUGCAUAACAUGCGGACUGACUGGAUCGAUGGUAGACAACAAGAUGCAGAAGAGUUUUCAGGUUUUCUUUUGAAUGGACUCAAUGAUGAAAUGUUUGAGCUAAAUGAGUUGGUUAAAUAUUAUAUUGAAGAUGAAAAACCUCUCAUUGACUCUGCUUUGAGCAAUGAUUCAAAUAAUGUAUGGAACAUAAUGGAAUCGAAAAAUAAAGGACAUCCAACCAGAAGGAUCGACUUUACCAGUACACCGAUAAGUGACAUCUUUGGGAGGCAACUAAAGUCGAGCAUUCAUCGCAACGGGGGCCACAUUACUGAGAAUAUCCAGUCUUUCCUUACCCUGCCACUCAACAUUGAGAAAGUGAAGACUGUCCUAGAAGCGCUUAAGGUACUCGUCUCCAAGAACAAUUUAGAGGAAGUGACUUCGUCGAAAACAAACGAGGAGGUCGAAGCGAAGGAGCAAAUUACGCUCUGCAAACUUUACGUUAUCCUUAUUUUGCAUCUGAAAAUUUUCGAAUACAGCCACGACCGUUGCACGAAGAUUAUCAAGGCUUUUGAUUAUGAAUUCGACUUGAAGAUUGAUUCGACUUUGGUAUCAUCGGAAACACAACCUCUAACAGAGAAGCAAUACAAGCUAUUCGCCGUCGUUUACCACGAAGACAAAAAUGCUAACAUUGCACACGACGUGACCGAUGAUUUCCACGUCGGCUACAACUGCUGGAUUAGAUACAACGAUUCUUCGGUCAAGACUGCAAAAAGAAGACGUAUUGAAACCCCAGGGAAUACGAGUUCUUUAUUUGCUGUUCUACAGGAAAAGCAAUAUGAUCCUUUCUAAAUAAGGUUGCUGCUUUUACGUAGAGUUCAGCGUCUGGAAUCUUACGGAAUUUCUCUUUUUAGUUUUUAAUGAAUUUGAUAUUUUUUGGUUUCAAUGAUUUAUUCUUUCAUUAGUGAUAGGUAUUGUCCAAUUUUUACUGAUGUAUGUAUUUCAUUUAUAUAUUAUAUUAAUUUUGAAAAAAUAAAAAUGAUAUGAAUUUUCCGAUUUUAGAAAUAUCGAUGUACAAGGAUCACCUGUAUUGCCGAAUAUCAUUACCAUCUAACACAAUUUAAGAGCAUUUGAAGGAAAAACCCUGAAUGAAAACACAAUUUUAAAAAAUUGGCUUGCUUUCAGUGUAACCAAUUUCUCUAGUUACUGAAUAUUGAUACAAUGUAUUUCAAAUGAAACGAUGUAUAUUUCUGUUGCUACUGUUUCAAAAACCCUAUUAUAGUCACCCAAAGGCCAUUACCCAAAAAUAAUAUUGUUUUUCGUAUUUCUAUGAAUAUUAGCACGAAUGUAUACCCAACAUCCAGAAUUUCAAACAAAAGUUAUUGAGUGACAUUAUUCAUAAUUAUUGGUCAAAAAGGAUGCUUAUGCAUUAAAGGGGAUUUGUUUCAAUUUUGAUAAGAGACGGGUGAAACUCAAUAAGAAGUUUUAUUAAGGAAGACAUAUGAAGAUUAUUGAAGUCACUGGUGAAAGUGGGUCUGAGCUUCAUUCCUGAAAACAGGUUUACUGUACGAGGAUGGUGUUGUGAUAGUUAUUUUUCAUUUCGGUAAUACCAAGAUGAAUUUUAUGUUUUUUAUGCAUCAAUGGAACAGUAACAACCUAUUGUAAUUCAAAAUAACUUUUAUUGAAGUAUGGAACCUUUGAUUUCCAACAUAACCACCAUUAUUGAAAGAACAAUGAAAUUUGAAUUUCACUUGUGGUUUUACUAAAAAAUAUAUUAAAAAAAUUACUGUAGUAAUAUAGUUUCUAUAAAGUUUUGAAUCGCUCGAUAUAAAUCAUUUAGCUGAAACUUAAAUUUUCUUCAGAUGAUUGGUCUGCUGAAAUCUGUUUUUCCGAUAACCAAAAGUCAAAAAUUGUGCGAGCUGGUGAUUAACGGGGUAUUACCUUUCAACAUGUGAUUCCUAGCAUGUCAAAAGGUAUAAUACUCGAGGCUUACACUGUCUGUAUAAUAGUUUUGAA